CAAUAAGUAAGCAGAUGUCGCCUGUGUGGUAAAUAACAUUGAAAAUGGUUUUGAGAAAUUUGCGCAGUCUAUUGACCAAAGUGUUGUGUACGGCGCAAUGUCCAAUAUCAUGAUCGCAUUGGUGAAUAUGGCGAAAGUAGUCAACUUUCGUGUUGUGAUAAAUUCUAUCUAGUGAAUAUGAUCGAGAAUGGAUAGUAACGUGAUUAUUUAUACAAAGAAAGUGUGAUAAUAGUGUACAUAUAAAUAAUUUGAUUUAAUUGAUAAGAAACAAGGAAACAUGUCGUCAGACAAAAUAAAAGUGGCCGUAAGGCUCCGUCCUUUUAAUCGCAGAGAACAAGAACUUGGAACGCAAAGUAUAAUUGAAAUGGAAAAAGAACAAACCAUAAUACAUCAGCCACCAACAUUAGAUAAGUUAGAAAGAAAAUCGUUAAAAACUUUUGCUUUUGACCAUUGUUUUUGCUCUGUUGAUCCAACAAAAGAGAAUUUCGCAUCUCAGGAAGUUGUGUUUGAUUGUCUGGGUAUGGAUAUUCUGGACAAUGCUUUUCAAGGGUACAAUGCAUGCAUUUUCGCAUACGGCCAAACUGGUUCAGGAAAAUCUUAUACCAUGAUGGGAUCGCACGAACAUAAAGGAAUAAUCCCGAGACUGUGUGAUUCUUUAUUCGGCCUUAUUGCAAAACAACAAAGCUCGGAAUUGUCAUACAAAGUGGAAGUAAGUUACAUGGAGAUUUACAACGAAAAGGUUCACGAUCUGUUGGAUCCUCAAACAAAUAAGCAAACUUUAAAAGUUAGGGAACACAAUGUGUUGGGACCUUAUGUAGAUGGACUGUCUCAGCUCGCCGUUACCGCCUUUCAGGAUAUCGAUAAUUUGAUGGCAGAGGGAAAUAAAUCGAGAACUGUAGCGGCGACUAAUAUGAAUAGCGAGUCUUCUAGGUCGCAUGCCGUCUUCACGGUUAUUUUAACGCAAACUUUAACCGACAGCAAAUCUGGCGUAAGUGGAGAAAAAGUGAGCCGAAUAUCGCUGGUUGAUCUGGCAGGUUCCGAGAGGGCCGUAAAAACCGGAGCUGUAGGCGAUCGGCUUAAAGAGGGCUCCAAUAUCAACAAGUCGCUCACAACAUUGGGUCUAGUCAUUUCCAAGUUAGCCGAUCAGUCGGGAGGAAAGGGGAGCAGGGAUAAGUUCGUGCCAUACCGCGAUUCUGUAUUGACAUGGCUUUUGAAGGAUAACUUGGGCGGUAACAGUAAAACUGUUAUGGUAGCUACCAUUUCGCCGGCAGCCGAUAACUACGAGGAAACAUUGUCGACACUGCGAUACGCAGACAGGGCAAAGAGAAUCGUUAACCAUGCCGUGGUCAAUGAAGAUCCAAAUGCUCGAAUAAUUCGCGAGCUUACACAGGAAGUGGAAGCACUGAAGGAGAUGUUAAAACACGCAACCGGUUCACCUGUUGGGGAAAUUGAUAUCCAUCAAAAACUAAGCGAAAGCGAAAAACUCUAUAAAGAUUUCUCGCAGACCUGGGACGAGAAGGUGAAGAAAACUGAGAGAAUACAAAACGAGCGGCAGCAUGCAUUGGAAAAAAUGGGCAUCAGUAUACAGGAUUCAGGCAUAAAAGUAGAGAAAAACAAGUAUUAUUUGGUGAAUUUGAAUGCCGAUCCGUACCUCAACGAAAUGUUGGUGUAUUAUUUGAAGGAACAUACAGUGGUAGGUGGUAAGAGUUACGGAAACGACGGUGUCGAACCGGACAUUCAAUUGCAAGGUUUGGGAAUUCAAGCGAAACACUGCGUGUUGACAAUCGAAGAAAGUGGCUUGUACAUUGAACCGUGCGAGAGUGCCAAGUCGUGCGUGAACGGUUCGCAAAUUGCGAAGAAAACGUUUUUAAGGCGAGGAGACAGAGUGGCGCUGGGCAAUCACCAUUUUUUCAAAGUAAACUGCCCCAGGUCGGUGACGUCGGAGCCGCAGACGCCUGCGCAGCCGAUCGACUACAAUUUUGCUCGCGACGAGUUGAUGCUGAACGAGCUGAGCAACGACCCGAUCCAAGCGGCGAUCGCUCGUCUCGAAAAGCAACACGAAGAGGACAAACAAUCCGCAUUGGAAAAGCAACGGAUCGAAUACGAGAGGCAGUUUCAGCAACUGAGAAACACGAUGUCGCCGUCAACUCCAUACCCGCCGUAUUCGUACGAUCCGUUGCGCAUCGGUUUGGGAAAGACGACUCCGUGCACCCCGACAACGCAGAUGCGCGUCGAAAAGUGGGCGCAGGAACGAGACGACAUGUUCAGGAGAAGUAUCGGCCAAUUAAAGCAAGACCUGUUGAAAGCCAACUCUAUGGUUCAGGAGGCGAACAUUUUGGCCGAUGAAAUGAAAAAGGAAACCAAGUUCAGCGUUACCCUGCAAAUACCGCCGGCUAAUUUAAGUCCCAACAGGAAGAGAGGCUCCUUUGUCAGCGAACCGGCCAUUUUGGUGAAACGCGCCGCUUCCAGUCAAGUUUGGUCCAUGGAAAAGUUAGCUAAUAAAUUAAUUGAUAUGCGGGAAAUUUACGAAUUGUCCAUCGAUUCUUCACCGUGCGAGCACUUGGUCAAAGGUCCCGCGGAUCCAUUUUUCGAGUCGCAGGAAAACCACAACCUCAUUGGCGUUGCCAACAUAUUUUUGGAAUCGUUAUUCCACGACGUCACCUUGGAUUAUCACACGCCAAUCAUAAGUCAACAAGGCGAAGUGGCUGGUAGAUUGCAAGUGGAGAUAAGCAGAGUGGCAGGAACGUUUCCACAAGACAGAAUGUGCGAUGCGGCCCUCGAUGUGUCUUCGUCGAUGUCUGAUUUUGGCGGCCAGGCCCAGGACCAGGAAGACGACAUCAGGCAGCAGACAAACCACCAAGUAACUAUUCGCGUUCACAUUAAACAAGCAUCAGGUCUGCCUUUGCCUCUUUCAAAUUUCGUCUAUUGUCAAUACAAUUUCUGGAACCAUCCGGAAAUCAUAUCAGUUCCACACUCUGACGCAAACCAAGACCAUUCCACAACUGUCAAGUUUGAUCACGAGAAAGAAUUUCAAUUCUCGCUGAGCGAGGAGUUCAUUGAACACUGCACGGAGGGCGCGUUGUCUAUCGAGGUGUGGGGAAACCGAAGUCCCGGUUUCUCCAAAUGCAAGCCAGGAUGGGAGGUGGAACAAAAGUUCGCCGCCACCGCCCGAUCCCUGUUGGACCGUUGGCUCGAACUGACGCGCAAAAUUGAACUUUGGGUUGAUAUACAAGAACUCAACGACCUAGGCGAUUACAGUCCUGUGGAGGUGGCCUUAAGAAAUGAUAUGCUUACUGGAGGAAUUUAUCAAUUGCGCCAGGGUCAACAAAGAAGAAUUCAGGUCCGAGUUAAACCUGUCUCGAACUCCGGCACACUGCCCAUUAUUUGCCAGCAAAUAAUUAAAAUCGAUGUUGGUGCCGUAAUGGUUCGAAGUCGAUUGCAAAGAGCGCUGGAUUCGUAUCAGGAAGAAGAUUUAAGAAUACUUCGAGAAAAAUGGAAUGAAGCUCUCGUUAGAAGGCGAAAUUAUUUGAACCUUCAGCUGCAAAAGCUGUCAGAUAAAAAGAACAAAAGCGAACAGGAAAUUGAAAGGGAAAAAAGUUUAAUGGAGCAAAUAAUGAAUUUGACGGAAGAAGCCAAUGAAGUGUACGUGCCGAAACCGGGCACCGGCAUUCCUGGAGCUCCAGCCAUGUGGAGCCCGCCACCAGGAAUGGAACCCCACAUACCUGUACUUUUCCUUGACUUAAAUGCUGACGACUUGUCAACAAGUCAAUCUGGAGAAGAGAUAUCUUUAACCGGUGUCAAUUCGAUUCUAUCGAAAGAAGUGAGCAGCGAAUUUCACACGCUACAAAUUUUAAACAACUUGGAGAAGGACGUGUGCGCUGUUUCCAGCUGGGAUUCUUCGAUACACAACAGCCCUCAUUUAAAUAAAAUAACAGACGCAAACGAAAGGGUAUACAUGAUUUUAAGAGUGACCGUCAGAUUAUCUCAUCCAGCCCCGAUGGAUUUAGUUUUGCGGAAAAGAUUGGCUGUGAAUAUUUACAAACGACAGGGGAUGAUGUUUAUCGACAGAUUUAAGCGGAAAAUUGUUCGAAGCGAUCUUAUAACGCAAACAGGUGUUACCUAUUUGGUGGUAUCUAAUGUUCCGAAAGCUAGCGAAGAACUUGAAGACCGAGAGAGUCUGGCGAAACUUGCCGCAUCAGGUGAAGAUAAUAACGAAGAAGGAGAAACAUAUAUUGAAAAAUAUACACGAGGUGUUAGCGCAGUGGAUAGCAUUUUAACACUGGACAAACUUCGUCAAAGUGUAGCUGUAAGAGAACUUCUUCAAGCACAAGGACAACACGCAAUGAGAAAGACCGUUAGUGUACCUAACUUCUCGCAAACUUUGGAGUCAAAGAAUGGGUUGUCGAGGUUGGACCUGAGCACAGAGUGCAUUUCGCAAAUAUCGAGAUCGGAGAGCGUGUCGGAACUAAGCAGCGAUUUAAAUGCCUUGGCCCGGUCCGCUUUUUGCAAAGACACAGACGGCACGCCAAGCAAACCAAGUUUCGGCGGACUCGCCCGUCCGACAUUUUUAAAUCUCAACAUAAAUUUGAACUCUCUGAGAUUACAACAGCCCGCCACUACUACGAAAUUGAGUAUGGUGUCGCCGGCUAGCAAUAAAUUGAGCUUGCGUAUGAGCACUUUACACGAAGAGCAGUUACCGCUGCCAAGAAAACAUUCAUUGGAUUUAUUGCGUGAUUGUACCAUUGAAGAGCAAUUAGAAGAAGGCCAGGAUGAUAAAUAUAAUACACAAAACAGCAACACUACUAAGAGUAAGAAUCAAGUAAAAAGAAGUAUUCCAACAUCUCGAACAUUGGAUUCAUUGAUGGAACUGACGCCGAGAAACAGUAGUUCGGCCACUUCGAGUGGUUACGGUUCUCAAGCAGUGUCUUCAACAAAUUUAUCCAGUGAUGAUUCACUCUCCUUGAGAAGCAUUAGUGUUGAUGAAGCUACUCCCGAUUUCGAACAAUCGAAGACGGCGUUGAAUUUAGAUUUGGAGUCGGUCUCGGAAAACGUCGAUGACCAUCAUGAUGACCACUAUUCCGAGAGUUUAGAGACCUUAAACAACACCCAGUCAACAAACGAUGAAAGUUCCGACGACUUGGGUUGUACGGCUCUGAACGGUUUGACAAUCAUGGAUUCACAAGUAACAAGUGAUGGUUGCGUUAGGACGAAUUUAUCACCGGGAAGAGUGGUGAGAAGAAAGAAGUCCAUAAAGUCGAAAAAUCAUCAACGAUCAUCGUUUCCGCAGGCAAAAAGCUCGAGCAUAACGGAAAGUAAAGCCGCCCGGUAUUUGGAGAAUAAACUGUCGAAUCUAUCAGGGUCCAAUUUGUCGAUGAACGAAGAUAUGGACAGCUCGACAGAUAGAUUGGAAGAAGACAGCAAUUUCGGUUCGAGACCGGAUUUGACGAAGUUAUCGGAUGUUCCCGUCCCCGAUUGGGUGGUGCUGGGCGAAAGUGUUCUUAUAAGACCGUACAACUCGUCCGGAGUGGUUGCCUACAUCGGCGAAACAGAAUUUGCGAAUGGUACUUGGAUUGGCGUCGAGCUCGAUGCGCCCAAAGGCAAAAACGACGGUACCGUCAAAGGAGUCAAGUAUUUCGAAUGCAAACCCAAGCACGGCAUGUUUGUAAGAGCGGACAAACUUAUUUUAGAUAGAAGGGGAAGAGCAAUGCGUUUAGACAAAGAAGCAUUGAGCAAUUCGCACAAGUGUUUAAAUAAAGAAUCCUUGCCGAGGUCUCGGUCCCGUGGAAAUGGUUUAAACAACGUGGGGAAUCGUGUCACUAAAGCCAAGUAGAGAAGAAAUAAUUCGUACGGUUAUUAAUUGACCUAGUUAAUUGAACGUUAUUUUUCAUCCAUCCAUCCCAUCAGUCCACCCUUUUAUUGCCGUUUCUUACGACACAUUGAUAUUUGUGCCGUCCAUUGAACAUGGCAAUGUUCUUUUACCCUUGCCAUUAAAAGUUAAGUAGUAAUUUACAUAAGACACACGACACACAAAUACACUUGUUGUAUGUACAAUUGAUUAAUUGAUUGAACGCUAUUCGGUUGUUGCAUUAUUAUUGCCGCAUUUACACCUAUGUUCAGCCAGACAUCUACCUCUUAAAGCCUUAAUUUGCACUAAACGCCAGAAUUACAUUUCAAGUCACAUUCAUUAAAUUGUAUAAUAUGUUAUAAAUAGGAAAAAAUAUGUAUAUACAUAAGUAUCUAAGUAUUGUCUAUAUUUUAUUUUUAAACAAGCAAAGCUUUAGGUAGUUAUACUAUCUACCAUUACAGUAUGCCUACCUAACAAUGAAAUAAUGUGACAUUGCGAUUGUAAAUUAUUCUAAAGCAAAGAAAAUCUGGAUGCACCCAAAAAGUGUGUGCUUUGUUACGUAAACGCUUUCAUAUUCCCAGUCAGUGUUGCCAACAGUUGGUUAAAUUACAAAAAAGUUCCACUAUUUUAUGGCCAUUUCAAUUAUGUCAAGAAAUCUAGGAUACCCUCGACGAUUCUGAAAUAUCCUAAACAAACCAAAAAAGUCCAGUCUAAAAUAGUUAACUAUUUUAGACUGGACUUUUUUGGGUUGUUUAGGAUAUUUCAAAUAAUUAUUUGUUUUACAAGUGUUGAAAAGAGACUUUUUUAUACUUGACUCACAAGAGUCGUUUUUUCUACGACCCUUUUUUUAUUAUAUUCAAAUACAAAACAAAAUAACCUAAAAACACGUUUGGCAUCUUAUUCUUUCAAUUUUUAAGGUAUAAGUUACUUAAAAUCAAUAAACAUUACCUUCUUAAUUUAAAUAAAUGCACUUAAAAUUAGAAUUUAUUAUACAAACACAAAUAAUUGUGUUCUAAAUGAUAUUUAGGUACUUACCUAUGCAAAUACAAUCCAAAUUUUGAAACGAAUGUCAAACGAUGCUGUCAAUUUCUUUUCACACAGACCUGUCACUUUACAUUCGUGUUUUGCCUUGCCAAUGAAAAGAUUCAUUUUCUAAGCAACUUUUUUACUAUUAAAGCAAUUUGAAACUUUAUAUUUUGACAUUGUUUGCAAUGACAGGUAAUGAUAAUGGCAUUCAUUUGUUUUUUUCUACGCCCUAAAAUUUGAGAUAUCAUGGCCAACUUAGAUUUUUUCAUCAAAAAAUAGGUAAAAUUGUUCUCUUCUUCUUCUUCUUUAGAUAUUGGCCUUUAAUUUAUUUCUGAUUAUUUGGCCAGCUCAUGAAUUGUUCUCUUUUCAACGAUGUAACACACUUCUAUCAAUUUUGCCUAACUUAAAAACGCUAGAUCUGGCGACAAAGUCGCUAAGUUGGCAACACUGCUCCCAGUGGACAGGAUGGAUCGGAUCGAAUCGAAACGAAUCUGCUGGGGCCAAUGUAUGUACCAUAUGAAUAUGCAAUUGCACACCGCUUUAUAAACAAGGACACUUGCCUAUCUAUGUAGGUAUUUAAUCGGGUUUUUGGGCACUAAAUACUAAAUUUUUCCAUUUUGUUGUUUCAUUUACGUUCUCAGCUUUUAUUUUAGGUAAGCAUUUCUUUCUGUGAUAUCGCUGUUAGGUUAAUUAGAUGAGAGCACUUUUUCAGUUCUUCACAAGUAUGUUAUAUGUAGUACCUUACUACCUGCUGCUGCAAAACAACAGAUUUACCUAGAAUGUAGCUGUAAUAGAGUAGUAGUAUACAUACAUAGUAUUUAUCUAUUCUGUGUGUAGUAAAUAUAUUAAAUUAAGACACAAUAGUUUUGACAGUCGUUAUUUAAUUUUUUUAUUUUUAUUUUAAGACUGCAAUUUGUGCAAGCAAGCAUUUUAGCUACAAAUUUUAGAGAGCUCCCUCACACUUGCUAGCAGUACGGACAGGCACAAAUCAUUCUUUCACAACAUUACUAUUAUAUAUUUUGUAGGCACAUUUACAUAACAAAUUAUAUUUUUAUAAAGAUGAUGUGUUAAAAGAUAUUAUUCUUAAAUUUUUAAGUCGAGAGAUUUGUAGCUAAAUUGGCUAAUUGUGUCAAAUUGGUGUUGUCAAGUAGAUAUAUCAUAGAUGGUAGAGUUUUUAGAACAUUCCGGGAAGAAAAAAAAUCAAAUACCUAC